AUGCUGCGCGACGCGCGGGCGCUGCUCGACCGCCCCGACGCGCGCCGGAACGUGGUCACCUGGACGGCGCUCCUCUCGGGCUACGCGCGCGCCCGCCUCGUCGACGAGGCCGAGGCGCUGUUCCAGCGGAUGCCCCAGAGGAACGUCGUCUCCUGGAACACGAUGCUGGAGGCGUACGCCGCGGCGGGCAGGGUGGGUGAUGCCUGCGCGCUGUUCGACCGCAUGCCGGUCAGGGAUGCCGGCUCGUGGAACAUUCUGCUGGCCACGCUGGUGCGAUCGGGGAGCGUGGAUAAGGCGCGCGAGCUGUUUGGGAGAAUGCCGGAGAGGGAUGUAAUGGCUUGGACGACGAUGGUUGAUGGUGUUGCGCGGAGUGAUUUGAAGAGGGCACGGGAGCUCUUUGAUGAAAUGCCAGAAAGGAAUGUUGUCACUUGGACGACCAUGAUGAAUGGUUACUUGAAAGGCAAGCAGAGUGAGCUGGCAUUGGGGUUGUUUAGUGGUAUGCUAAUGGCAGGUAUCAGACCAAACCAAGUGACAUUUUUGGGUGCACUUGAUGCAUGCAGCGAUCUUGCGGCACUCUGUGAAGGGAAGCAGGUGCAUCAAAUGAUAUGCAAAACAGCAUUUCAGUUUGAUUAUUUUGUCGAGUCUGCCCUGAUGAAUGUAUAUGCGAAGUGUGGUGAAAUUGGAUUGGCAAGAAAGUUGUUUGAUCUUUCAAGGGAGAAGGACUUGAUCUCUUGGAAUGGAAUCAUUGCGGCAUAUGCGCACCAUGGUGUUGGCAUAGAAGCAAUCCGCUUGUAUGAAAAGAUGCAAGAAAAUGGAUAUAGGCCUAAUGAUGUCACCUAUGUGGUGUUGCUCUCAGCAUGUAGCCACUCUGGGUUGGUUGACGAAGGGCUUAAGAUCUUUGAAUCCAUGGUAAAUGAUAUAUCAAUUGCAGUGCGUGACGAACAUUAUACUUGCUUUAUUGAUCUUUGUAGCCGAGCAGGACGGCUUGAUGAUGCUAAAAGAUUAAUUCACUAUCUUAAGAUUAAGCCUGCAUCAGGUUCUGUCUGGAGUGCCCUUCUAGGUGGGUGUAAUGCACAUGGAAAUGAGAGCAUUGGCAAUUUGGCAGCUAGAAAUCUCUUACAAGCAGAACCUGAUAACGCUGGAACCUAUACUCUCCUACCCAAUAUCUAUGCUUCAGCUGGUAAGUGGAAAGAAGCAGCAGAAAUUAGGUCAGAGAUGAAUAAUCGAGGACUGAAAAAACAACCUGGUUGUAGUUGGAUAGAGGUGGCAAAUAAGGUUCAUGUGUUUGUAGCACGUGAUAAGUCCCAUAGUGAAUCUGACUUGAUCUGUGGUCUGCUGCAAAAUAUCCAUCACAUGAUGAGGAUUGUUGGAACUGUCCCCAAUGACCUUGUGCAUGUUGAUGAGGAAGUAGUGUCUAUUUAG